ACUUGGUGUGCCUUGGAAUGAAUGUGUGGCCUCACUUGAGUAAGCUGUGAAUGAAUGCACAGCCUCCUGAGUACUAAGCAGUAGAUGGACAGGUGAUCUUACUUGAGUUCUAAGCCAUGCUCUCACCCAUAUUGUGGGUGCUAAGGGGAAAUGUAAAACAACCGUGAAGACUUUGUUAUGGGGCUCUGAAGCGUGAUCAAGCAGCUUCCUCCCCUGCUCCCAGUUGUGUCUUACAUGCUCCUGACUCUGCUGGUUAGCACAUAUUAAUGUUUUAGCGUCUGUUCCUGGACUUUCCUCCUUGCUUCAGCACUUUUGUCUUUAUAAAGAUGAAUGAAGCACCUGUAACCCGUUCUACCCUAAAUGUGACUUCGCAGCAGAAGAGCAAAGCAAAGAACAAUAUUAGGAAUACAUUUCAUUCGAAUGAAUUUUCAUCCAUUGAGCAGAGGCAAAAAUACAAAAAACAUUUUAAGAAAGACAAAAACACAGCAGAAGACAUCACUGGUGAAGAAGAGGAUGUGUCCAGUCAGUGGUAUUUGGAGGAGAAUAUUAGCAGCAAGGUCAAAAGAAAGAAAAGUCAAAUAGAUGAGAAACACCAAGAGGAAGAGGACUGCUGUGUGACACUGAGCAUCCGGGUGAAGCUUGAGUCUAUUAUGGAUGUGACUCAGUUCCAAGCUGCUUGCCAGCAGAGAGAAGGGAAUUGCUCACCUCCGUGGAGGCUCCUCUCUACUGUGCUUGGUGCCAUAUGUCUUCUCCUGAUGUCUGUAGCCAUGGUGAUGACAAUUUUCACCACACACUUGUCUUCUGAAAGAUCAUCUUCUACUUUUCAGCAAGAAGGACUCCAUCAUCCCUGUCCAGAGAACUGGGUCUGGUUCAGGUGCAGUUGUUAUUACUUUUCCAAGGAAGAGCUAACUUGCAGAGAGAGUCAGCGUGCCUGCUUGUCUCUCAACUCCAGUCUCAUAAGGAUGAACAAAAAGGAGAUGAAUUUCUUCUCUUUGAAGACUUUCUUUUGGGUUGGAGUUUACUAUAAUGAAACUCGCAGACAGUGGCUGUGGGAAGACCAUUCGGUUCCACCCUCUGGGAUGUUUUCUUAUCUUGAAGCUAAUAUGAAAAACGUCUGUGCAUCUUAUAGAUCAAAAGAAGCUUAUUUGGCAGAAACCUGUACAGCUAAACUGACAUAUAUUUGCAAGAAGUAGCAUAUUUAAUCCUAUGAGUUCAUAAAAGAUAUGAAAAUGAAACUUUUCUUAUUUUUUCCUGGGGUGCUUAUUUUAUGAAGAAAAUAUGGCAAAUGUUUGCCUUUCUUUAAAUAAAACUGCAUUCAAAUAUA